AUGGGUGACUACGAGCGCAGACGCCAUCACGGCGGCGGUGGCCACAACAACAGAAAGAGAAGGUACAGAGGCCUCUUGCCGAUGACAGACGAUGAUGACAACGAUCACCGACAGCAGCGCCGAAGAAUCGAUUCCGCGCCUCUUCCUGUGAGGGUUCGCCGACAGCUGCUGUCCCUUGCCGAGUCUCCUCUCCGACGAUGGCACGAAGAAGUCCAGAGCAUCGCACACGUAGUCGCUGAUAACACCGAAGACACGGAGCUGCGCGAGAGCUUCAUUAGCCUCGUUCUCCAGCUUGCGCUGGAGCAGCCGCUCAAAACGCCUUUCGUUGCUGGUGUCAUUCUCCUGGUGAACACCCUCAAGCCGGAAAUUGUGGGCGAGAUCCUCGUCAAGCUCAGCGCUGCGACUCAGGAAAAGAUCGAGGCCGGACAAUGGAGAGACGUGAAGCUUUACUUGAAGCUCCUGGCUUGUUUGCAGAGCUCCUUGGACGGCGAGGGAAUCUUCAACGUAUUGGACGAGCUGUUCAAUCGCGCUGUAGACCUGCAGACUGCAAGCUCAGAUGACACAAUUGGCACAGAGCUUGUCAAGAUUAUUCUUUUUACGAUUCCCUACAUUAUGGCUGCCGCGCCCGGACAGUGGCAGCAAAAGGCAGCCGAUCUCAUGGAGAAGACCGACAUCAUCGCCUCCGAACCCCAUGCGCUCCAAGCGCUGAUCGACCCAUACCUUGCGGAGAAAGAUGAGCCAACUGGGUCAAUGAGUGUGAUUGCCUUGCUGCAAAAGCAGCUUCAUCAGGAGGCGGCGAAUAACUGGGAACUCUCGUGCCUUCCCAGACCCUGGAAGCUACCGCUGGAGGAGAUUGAAGCCCAAGAAAAGCUUGACAAUGCCACCAAGCACACCUUGCCAGCCAUUACUGUUCCCGAGAAGAUCAUUGCUGGACCUCGACCUUUGUUUCCCGAGGUCUAUUUCUCGGUGUAUAGCUCCCAGGAAGUUGGGUCGAUACCUCCUGUCACAGACAUUGCCUCUUCGCUGAUUCGCGAUGGUUUGGUUGAUACUAUCAACAUCCUGGACUACAAUCGCAAUGUUACUGCUAGGUACUUGAUUGAUCUCGACUGCUACUUUUCCGACACUACCUUCGUCAAGCGAGCCACUCCUUUUGACAGGCUGCGCGACAUAGAGUCUGGCAAGUCGACAUGGAAGCCUGAGGACGUCGCCGUCGACGCUGUCUUCUCACAGCUCUUCCAGCUUCCCACGCCUGAGCAUAAGCUUGUUUACUACCACUCCGUGCUGACCGAGGCUUGCAAGAUUGCGCCGGCAGCGAUUGCGCCCAGUUUGGGCCGUGCGAUUCGACACAUGUACCGCAAUUCCAGCCGACUAGAUCUUGAGCUCUCGCAGAGAUUUGUCGAUUGGUUCUCUCACCACUUGAGCAACUUUGGCUUCACCUGGAAGUGGACAGAGUGGGUCGAUGACGUUUUCCUACCUGACAUCCACCCCAAGAAGGCGUUCAUUAUCGGGGCCUUGGACAAGGAAAUCAGAUUGAGCUUCGCUCAGCGCAUCAAGGGCACUCUGCCUGAGCCGUACCAGCCUCUUAUCGGCCCGGAUAAGGAGAAGGACGUCCCUGACUUCAAGUUCAACGACGAAAGUGAGUACCCUCUUAUCAUCUCCCCACCAUUCAUGAAUCUAACCGAGGACAAAGGCACCCCUUUCUCGGCCGAGGGACGUGAAAUCGCCUCACUUCUGAGACGCAAAGCCCCAGAUGAAGAGUUCCAGCCUAUCAUUGAGAAGAUUCACUCGCUUGCCAUAGAGCACGACCUGGACCCCUUGGUGACUAGCACCGAUGUCUUCGUCACAGCCGUCUGCUGGGUAGGGUCGAAAUCUCUUAGCCAUGUCCUGGCAUGCAUCGAACGAACCAAGGAUCGGCUCCUUGACGUGGGUGCGGCGUCUGAGGCGGCUAAGGCCCAAAUCAUUACCGCAGUCAUGUCAUACUGGGCUGCCCAGCCUGGUGUGGCUAUUUCCAUCGUGGAGAAGCUUCUCAACUAUUCAAUCUUGUUGCCUCUCUCAGUCAUUGACUGGGCAUUAGUGAGCAGCAACCAUAUCAACGGCCAGUCAUCUGGGGACUCUCUGGCGCAGACCCAUGUUUUUGAGCUUGUGUUUGGAACGGUCGCCAAGGUCACAGGUCGCGUCCGACAGUUGCAGACAGAAGCUGAUGCAGAUGAUGAGGCAAAGGAGAGAGAGGUCAAGGCCAUGCGUGACCUUUUCAAGGCGAUGGAGGAUGCUCUGGUGAGCUGGGCCUCUGGUAGCAAGGACGAGAUGAUGGAGGAGAUGGACGGAGCGGGUCAGCGCGACAGUCUUCUCCGGCGCUGGGGCGAGCGUUGGCUGCGCGUCUUCCGACGUCGGGCGGCCAUUGAAGAGGCCUUUAUCCUGGAGGCUUCGAAGGACCAGACAUCUGGAGGAGAAACCGCCUCCGUCUAA